AUGAGAAACCCCAGAGCUUAUGCAAUCGGAGGGGGACAAAUAGAAGAACUGAGCACAACGGAAAUUGUGCGGCUAAGCCUUCCAUCAGGUCCAGAUUAUCUGGAACCCGUGCCAGAGCAGCACAUUAGAAGAAUCGAGAAUCCGGCGUGGCCAGAGAGAAAGGAGCCGGUCCAAGUGGCCAGAUUCAAGGUGGAGAGAAAAUGGCAUAGCGUGCUAUCGUUCUGGAGCCCCAUUGACCUGCUGGGCCUCUUCCUAUCAACUUUAGGCCCAGCGCCAGCUGGUGCGACGAAGAGGAACUUUUUCUUGCCGCUGGUAGCGGUUUAUGGAAAGUGGUGCGCCGCGAUAACACAGCCGCCGCGCCCCUGGGUAUUCCAGUGCACCUGGAAUACUGCCGGCGAGCUUUUUCUUGGUGCAUCGCAAGGCGGUCAUUAUUCGGAUAUGCGCGUCACGGGCACAUGGAGGCAUGCAUGA